GGAGGGCUUCUAACCGAGAUUGUAUUUCAACAGGACAGCAUUCCCAAAAAACUUCAAGACGGACAAGAGGCAUGUUCCCCCGAGCAAAAAACUGGAGGCACAGGUUGCGUACAACCUGGUCAGAGCGUUUAGCAGCACCGGGAGUGGAGCUGUGUGAGUGCUAACUGGAGGUAGACAGCCAAACAAGGACUCUGUGUGUAUACCGGACGGACAUGAUGACAGAGAGGAAGACGGACAACCUGAUGACCCACAGGAAAGGAACAUGUGAUUUUUCAUCCUUCCAAUAGUGUCAGUCAGCAGCUGUUUUACAUUUAGUGAGUAAACACUUUUAUCUCAUUCACUGGCUACUAACAUGGCUUGCUGUUCGUCAUUUUUUAUCUACAGUUCACCUUUGAAAUAGUUUUUAGCAAAUUUUGAGUGAGUAGAAGUUUAACUGUGAUGAGAUCGGUCACAAAAAUUGUAAACAACCACACACCGCUGCAGUAUCUUCCUAGUAUCAGCUGAAAACUGAAUUCCACUGAUGGAACUAUCACUCUGGUUUCAGACACGGUUUUCUUUUAAGUCCAGUUGCUCUCCAAAUUGUCAGGAGAGUGGUUCGCCGCAUUGCCUGGUGUGGAAUACUCAAAGGGAUGGACAGCAGCGAUCCACAGGAAGACGAAAGAGGAAGCAGAAGGAAAGAGAGCGAAGGAGAAAAAGACAAACAGCUGAAGAACCAACUCAACAAUGAGGAAAAAGGAGAAAAGGAGAUCCAAGGAAAUGAGAAAGAGAAGAAGAAAGAGCGUCGACGUUCUGGGUCUCUAUGGAGGAGUGGAUGGGCGUUGCGUGAAAGACUUGCCAUCAAUGUGUCAGGGAUGCGCUAUGAAACUCAGCUUCGCACCUUAGCCCAGUUCCCUAACUCCCUGCUAGGUGACCCCAGGCGGAGGUCACGGUACUUUGACCCUCUUCGAAAUGAGCUCUUCCUGGACCGCAAUCGGGCCUGCUUUGAUGCCAUUCUGUAUUUCUACCAGUCGGGCGGGAGGCUUCGGAGGCCAGCCAACAUACCCCUGGACAUCUUCAUGGACGAGCUGAUGUUCUACGAGCUAGGACAGGACAUCAUAAACCGUUUCAAGGAGGACGAAGGUUUUCCAAAAGAGGAGGAGAGGCCGCUGCCAUCCAACGAAAUUCAGAAAAGACUGUGGAUGCUGUUUGAGCACCCUGAGUCCUCAUCGGGUGCACGUAUCAUAGCCAUCAUCAGCGUUAUGGUCAUUGUGGUGUCCAUCCUCAUCUUCUGCCUGGAGACACUACCCGACUUCAGGCAUGAGAAAGAGAUGCGAGAGGAAUAUUUUUACAAGUACCACUCCCAAGAAAAGAAUGUAUCCGAGACCAUGCCUCUUCCACAAAGCGUUUUUCACGACCCCUUCUUCUUGGUGGAGACCAUGUGUAUAUGCUGGUUUUCCUUCGAGCUCUUCAUGCGCCUCACUUGCUGUCCCAGUAAGACGAUGUUCUUCAAGGAUGUCAUGAACAUCAUCGACUUCAGUGCCAUCCUGCCAUAUUUUGUCACUCUGGGAACAGAGCUGGCCAAGGACAAUGACGCCAGUCCAGCAACAUCUUUGGCCAUCAUCAGAGUCAUCAGGUUAGUGAGAGUGUUCAGGAUCUUCAAGUUGUCUCGUCACUCCAAGGGCCUCCAGAUCCUCGGUCAGACACUGAAGGCCAGCAUGCGAGAGCUGGGCCUGCUUAUCUUCUUCCUCUUUAUUGGCGUCAUCCUUUUCUCCAGCGCCAUCUACUUUGCUGAGGCUGAUCACACCGACACGGCCUUUGUCAGUAUACCACACGCCUUUUGGUGGGCAGUUGUCACAAUGACCACAGUGGGCUAUGGUGACAUGUACCCAGAAACAGUAUGGGGUAAGCUUGUUGGCUCAAUGUGCGCCAUAGCUGGCGUGCUUACCAUAUCACUACCAGUGCCUGUCAUAGUAUCCAAUUUUAGUUACUUCUACCAUCGGGAGACUGAAUGUGUGGAUCAAACCGAGUACGCCCAUGUCCAGCCACUGGACGAUGAGCCAGAAGGAGAGGAAAUAGAUGAAGGGGAUAGGGAUCCAGAUGGAGAAUAUUAUGCAAUUGAAGGCAUCUGUAACCCUCUGAAUGGCACUCUGCUGGGUGGACUGUGCACAGCGCAGAGCACAGAGUUCAGAGGGGGAAAUACGUAUAUGAGCGAACCGCUGGUCACUCAGGUUUAAGAGUUGUACACUUGUCAAGACAUAGUAAGAAGAGACUGAGAAAGGAAAGCUGAAUAUAAAGGAGUUCAAGGAUCAGAGGUGCCGGUCCAGGUGAGAGAAACUUGCAAAAGGAAAAUGACAAACAGAAACUGACAAAUUGUGUAAAACAAUAAUUUCAACACUAAUUUAUCUGCAAAUAAACUUUUAUUACAAUUUUGUGGUCAUUUAUAUGUAUUUAUUGCAGCAGCAGCCCACUAAAUGACACUGAAAAACAACUUUGGUAUAAUAUGCUUUCAAAGGCAAUUAAAUGGCAUUAAAUGAGUUUAACAUUCUCAGGGUCAUAAUAUACAGUAAAUGUAAUAUGAGCUGUUUUAUUUAUUAAUGCUAUCAGCUUGUGUUUGUGAUGAAAAUGACUUUCUGAAUAUCUCCGCCUUGAAACUAUGAUGUCUUAGAACUUUCACAUUUUGUUGCCUUGUUGUUUGGAGUGUGAGCAGAUCAAUUAUUGACAAUGUAGACGUCACCUCUAAUCAAGAUUCAACCAAACACCAGAGGAGCUGUCACCGCAGACGCACUGAAAUCUCCUGUACACCAAACUCUCACUCUCAACAUUCUGCUGUAAGAUAUGUACAAAGUUCACACGUGUAGUUUUGGCUUAUGUGACCUGAAGCGACUGACAUGACCUUUAUCCUGCUGUAAUACGACACUGUAGCAUUACUUAAUGACACAGUGUUACCGUCUGUAUUUGUGACAAAGAGGAAAGGUUUGAUUGCAAUGGCAGAACUUCUCUAUUUAUUUGCUUAAGUAUGCACUCAUUGUUUUUAAUAAAGAUUAUAUUUUAUUAAUUUUCCUACA